AUGUCUGUGGAAGCUGCCAUCAAAGAAAAGAUUGCCUCAAAGAAAGUAGUGGUGUACUCCAAAAGCUCAUGCCCAUUUUGUAAGAAGGCAAAACAAGUAUUUCAGAAGUACUUAAACAAUAGAUUACUAAGUAGAGAAGACUAUGAAGUCAUCGAGAUAGAAAACGAUCCCAACUGCGUUGCCAUCCAGACUUACAUGAUGAAGAAAACAGGGGCCAGAACUGUGCCCCGAGUCUUUGUGAAGGGGAAAUUCAUUGGCGGCGGGGAUCAAGUAGUCGGCAAAGACUCCAGUGGGGAACUCAAAAGACUUCUACAGGAUAAAGAAUGA